UUAAAGAUACUGGUUACGAUUACAACUCAGUAUAAAUGUGUUAGAAGUUGAGCAAUAGACACUUAAAAAUAAAAUAUCAGAUUGAGUUAUAUUUUUCUCAAGAUGAGAGUUUUCAUUUUGUGCGUCGUUUUGGCUACAAUAAUCGGAGCAUGCCAAGCUCAGAAAUGCGAUGCCAGCAAGGGGGAAAGAUAUAGUGACUGCAAUUCAGCCUGCCCGAAAACUUGCUCCAAUUACAUGGAUACUGGUACAUCUUGCAUCCAAAUAUGUGUGAAGGGAUGUGGAUGUCCUGGAGGAACAAUCCGAAGAGAGUCUGAUCAACAUUGUGUUGAACCUUCACAAUGCUAAAAUAUGCAUAUUUUGAUAUCUCAAAAUAAAGCAUCGUAUCUUAA